AUGUCUCUGAUCAGCAUCGCCAAAGGCAGCUUCCACUUAGCUGGCCUGCUCCACCGCCCGGAAAACGCUUCAUCUUUGGCUCCAGGCCUCGUCGUUGUUCACCCUGGCGGCGGAGUCAAAGAGCAGACUGCCAACCUUUAUGCUCAGCGCAUGUCUCAACAGGGAUUCGUCUCCGUUGCCUUUGACGCACUCUACCAAGGACAAUCCGAGGGAAGCCCGCACUACCUAGAAGACCCAGGCUCUAGGGUCUCGGAUGUAUCCUCUGUUGUGGACUACCUACAGACCCUAGACUACGUUGAUCCUGACGCGAUCACAGUUCUCGGGAUCUGCGCUGGCGGCGGGUACGGAAUCGCCGCGGCAGCCACUGACCACCGAAUCAAGGCGGUAGCCGCAAUCAGCCUGGUCAACAUUGGCGACACGAAUCGCCAGGGCUGGCUGAACACCCUGAACACUUCGGAUGCUUACGCUACAGUCGAGUCCGCGGCGGAAGUCAUUCAAGACAUCGCCGGGGGUGGCAACAUUACCUACCUCCAAUACGUUCCCGACCCUCCCCAAGCCGACACACCCCCAGACCUGGUCGACGCUUGGGACUAUUACCGCACACCUCGCGGCUUUUACAACACGUCCGAGAACCGUAUGCACCCCGCUUCUGUCCCUCUUAUUUAUCGUUUCGACUCUUGGCACCUCGCAGACCAGUUUCUUUCUCAACCAACGAUCUUGAUUGCCGGGGAGGACGCCGAUAGCCGUUGGGGCACUGAUGACAUCUACGAGAAGAUCAAGGAUUCCAAUCCUAACGCAGUGAAGAUUUUGGUACCUGGUGGACGCCACAUGGAUUUCUAUGACCGGGAGCUGUACGUUGCUCCCUCGGUUGCUAAUGUGGCGGACUUUUUCAAAACACACCUCAAUCUUUGA